AUGCAGACUGCUUCUACAAACAUUUUGUGAAAGAAUGGUUCGCUCUCAGGAGCUCAGUGAAUUCAAGCGUGGUACCAUGAUAGGUUGCCACCUGUGCAAUAAGUCCAUCCAGGAAAUGUACUUGCUACUAAAUAUUCCACGCUCAACUGUUAGUGGUAUUAUAACAAAGUGGAAGCAACUGGGAACAACAGCAACUCAGUCACCAAGUGAGAAGGGUCAGCACAUGCUGAAGCGCACAGUGCGCACAAGUCGCCAACUGUCUUCAGAGUCAAUAUCUAAAGACCUCCAAACUUCAUGUGGCCUUCAGAUUAGCACAACAACAGUGUGUAGAGAGCAUCAUGGAAUGGGUUUCCAUGGCUGA